AUGGCCGACGACGGCCCUGACCCCGGUUGGACCACGGUUCAUCUGAAGUCCCAAACGCACCCCGACCGCCUCCCACCAGCCCACCGCGAGCUCUACGAAAAGUCCAAGAUCCGAGAAUGGGAAAUGUCAUCGGGCCAUUGGUCUGGCGUUGGGAAACACCCAGACGACUUCGUCGAGGCCAAGAAGAUACACUCCAAGAUCAUCGCACCCAAAGACAACGACCUGGGUAUGGGCACCUUUGGCCGCGUCGAGAGGGUCACGCAUCGCACCGUCCGUCUGGCGCGGAAGUGGAUCAAGCCUCAGCGCAACCAGACCUUCCACACCCUGCGAAGGGAGGCCCUUGCCAUGGAGCGACUGGAUCACGACCACAUCGUCAAGCUGAUCGGGACUUAUACCUUCAAACAGCGAGAGCUCUACCUUCUCAUAUGGCCUGUCGCUGUCUGUAAUCUCGACGAGCUGCUCACCGAUCUCGCCGACCUGAGAAGCGGCCAGGGUGAUCGGGGCGACAUCUUGAAGAGGCUCGAAGACCUUGACAUAUCCGAUCCGACCCUCGUCGAGUGUGGCCGCCGACACGGCCCCGCAGAAGCCAACAACAGUUCGAGGUGUCCUCUCGACUUCCUCCAGCGCAUCAUGGGCUGCGUUGCGCAGGCCGUCGCCCACUGCCACGCCUCCAAGGUUCGCCACCUUGACCUCAAGCCGAGCAACAUCCUCCUGAACCCCAACAAGGUCUAUCUCGCCGACUUUGGCAUCGCUCGGGAUUUCCACAACCAGGAUAACACCGCUACCAUGGGCCUGCACGGAACCCCCAAAUGGCGACCCCCCGAGGCCUACAUCCCGGAGGAAUAUUCGACUCAGUGCGCCGACAUUUACUGCCUGGGUCUCAUAUACCUGAACAUCGCAACGCUCGUGUAUCAUGGCGACCUGGAAAAAUUCCACUCCGUGGUCGGGGAUUUGGCCCCCCGUUCGCGCGCCGAAAAGCUGGAAGCGCACCAGCAAAACCUGGCGCUCCAUGCUCUGGCCACGCAGGAUUUCCACGAUGCCAAACACCCGACUGUCGCCCCUCGCCAUAUACUCGGCCUUACUGCGAGGAUGGUCUCGUCGGACCCCAAGUCCAGACCCAGGGCGGAUGAAGUGGAUCAAGAACUCGUCGAUCUCGGCGGCAUCGAACAGGUUUACCACAACAGCUGCUGUCGAAAGAGCACCCGACAUGUUGUGAAAAGGGUGGAUGAGAGAUUGUCCGCCAUGGCCUCCGAGAACGCCAGGUUGAAACCGGAGAACGAACGCCUCCAGAGGGAGAUCAAGGCCCUGAGAGCAAUGGACGAGACGUACCGUCUGCGCAUCGAAAACCAGGAGAAGAAGCAUGCCAGGGACACCGACCUCCUUACCAGGCAGCGCGACGAGGAGAGGCAGAAACGGAGAAAACUCGAAGAACGGGUCAGCGAGCUGAUGGAGCAUGCGAGAAAACGCGUUCGUACCGGCUUACCCAGGGCAGACGCCGUCGUCGAUGCUCGCUCCAUCCCCGUCGCCCCCAUCGCACCCUCGGUUCACGGACUGGGAAUCACCAGCAGGCCACGCACCCACCCAUCGUCUCAACCCGCCAUACGGCCACCUCCAUCGACGACGAACGCUCCAUGCUCGGCAGUCCCUCGCCCGAAGCCACCGACGCGGGGUUCGAGCGGCCCCCACAAGGCCUGGGUCACCCCGAAUCUCGCCGUCAUGUCAGGCGCCUCUCGGUCUGAUCCUGCGCGGCGGUCGUCCGACACCCCGUCUCCGAAUCUGCAGUCGAGCGGCACGCUACCCACGCGCGGCUCCAACUCACGCCUGCCCGUCCUCGCCAAGAUCCCGGCCACCCCGCGGUCGAGCACGCCCCACCUCGCCCGGGAUCCCGGCUCGGCGGACAGCACGCAAGCCAGCAUGUCUUCCUCCCUCUUUUCGCGCCUCAGCUUCGAGACGGCCACGGAAGAAGCGCUCACCCCUCCGGCAGCGAGCCCGACCCUGAAGCAAGCCGGCUUCGAUAUCGUGGUGCGCGAAAUGCCCGACGCAAGCCCGUCCGACGAGCCGUCGACUCCCGCCCGCUCCGUCCCGCCGUCCGUGUCGUCCGCGCUGUCUUCCCCUCGCACGACCAAGGCAGAGCUCGCGUCGGUCGCCGGAAGCGAGGUUUCGCGCGACGGCGGAGUCCAGGCCAAGCAACCCCCGUCUCUACAACCGGGCAAGAGCUGGGCCGCCGUUGCGGGCGAGUCGCACGGGCUCGCAAGGAUGGUCGGUCCGCCGCUGCAGAUCAGCCAUGCGCCCGUCAGCCCAGGAAGGAGCAGAAAGCGCGUCAGGUGA